ACCUUUAUGAAUGAAUGAGUUGAUCACUUCACCAUCUCUUAAUAUGGAUACCAGUAUUUCACAGAUUACUCUAGAGAGGAAUCCUCGGGGUUUUGUUAAUGCCCUCUACGCAAUGGCUUCUGAAUGGAUAUUGGUUCUUCUGUUAUUCAUUGAUGCAGCCCUUUCAUAUUUAUUGACUAGAUUUGCCCACCAUUGCAAGCUGCAAAUUCCUUGCAUAUUAUGCUCCAGGCUAGAUCAUAUUUUUGGAGAUGACAAUGUUGAUUUCUACACAAGUCUACUUUGUAAGACCCAUAAAAAGGAAAUAUCAUCGUUGGUUUACUGCGACUCCCAUGGAAAACUUACAGGUGCUUGUGGAAUGUGCGAAGAAUGUCUUGUAUCAUUGGUUUUGCAGAAUGGAUCGAACAUGGAAUCAAUUAGAUCACUUAUGGGAAAAUUAGGUAUGGAUAUCCACAAUCUAAUGCCAUCAAGAGACACUGUAAGUUUUAGGACUUGUAACUGCUGUAGUAAGCUUUGGACAGCUAUACCAUUACCAAAGGCCGUGUUUCAAAGACAACUACAAUUACCUUCUUCAAUCUCGCGUAGUGUUAGAAACCACCCAAAACCUCCUCUGCCUCGACCUCCAGGGCAAAUUCGUUUAAAUAAUCAUGAAAGUUUGAAGAAGAUAAGGGACAGGUUUUCUAAGCCAAUAUCUCCUCAGCUAGGUAAACCUAGAGUUGAUAACUUCUCUUAUGUUGGAUAUACAGAGCUGAAGAUUACGUCUGAUACAGAGUCUGAGUUCCCAUUCUCCGAUGAUGAAGAUGUAAAUUCUGUGGUUCCUGAGAUUAUUAUAGAUGACAAGGAAGUCCAUGUCCAGCAUCGUGGGAAAAGGCCAACUGUUGCGAAUACACUUCUAGACCAAUAUUUGCUGAAAAAUGAGAAUGUGUCUUCUGAUAUUAUGGGAUGGGUAUCGAAAAUUGGAGAUGAUAUUGAAGGAAUCAACUGGCAACAAGCGAAAGGAAACCAUAACGAUAUUGUUUCCAAAUCAACUGCAGCUGUUGAAAUUCCUAAUAGCCAUGUCUCCACAAGUAAAAAUCAGCCUUUUCUCCCAGGAAAUCCAAGCUCCUUAGAAGAUAAUGGGAAACCAAUGUACAAUGUUAAUCAAUCGCCUGUUGUGCCAGAGUCAGAUGAGAAAUGUAAGUGUUUAAUUUAUUCUUUGUUUUGUGGGUGUUUGUUGCAUUUUUGGCUCACCCACCUUUGUGAAAUUAUUUUGACAGCUGAUGCUAUUGGAACUUGCCAGAUCACAUCAAAAUCUGAUGAUUAUCAUGUAGAAUUCCCAGAAACCCCAGACUCAACACGAUAUGCAGUGAUUGAUAGUGUUGAAACUGAUAAUGCGGAACAAAAAGAUGACAAUGCCGGCCAAGAAUCAGUCAAUAACAAUGUAAAAGUAGAAGUUGAGGGUGUUUCAGGAAAACAAUCUGUUAUUUCUGGUUUCGAAGUUACUGAGAUCGAAGGUGAAAGUAUUAUUGAUAGGUUAAAACGUCAGACAGAGCAUUACAGACAAUGCAUGGCGGAGUUGUGCAGGGAAUUGGAUGCAGAAAGGAAUGCUUCAUCAGUGGCUGCAAAUGAAGCGAUGGCCAUGAUUACAAGAUUGCAAGAAGAGAAGGCAAGUCUUCAUAUGGAGGCUUUACAGCAGUUGAGGAUGAUGGAAGAGCAAGCAGAGUAUGAUAUGGAUGCUCUGGAUAAAGCUAACGAACUUCUAGCCGAAAAGGAGAAAGAGGUUCAAGAUUUAGAAGCAGAGUUAGAAAUUUACCAGAUGAAUCCACCAGCAGCGGAAGAAGAAGAAGAAGAAGGAAAGGGUAAUAAUAAUUCGUUGGAUAUGAAAAGCUCGUCGUUGGAUUACAAUGCUGAAUCGAACUAUAUUUCGCAAUGUCUAAAAGAAUUGGAGAGAAAGUUGAAUCAAAUAAUAUGUCGAAAUGGAAAUGAGGAUAAAAAGAAAUUGAUUGGUAAUGGUAAUAGUAAUGGGGAGGAUGAAAAGGAAGAUGAGAAAGGAGAAUUUCGGUUGGUGAAGUGGGAAGAAUUGAAUUCGGUUGAGAAUGAAAUAUUUGAUCUUAAUAUGCGAUUGGAAGUACUUGAGGCAGACCAUGAAGUUCUAGCACAGGUUCUGUAUUCACUUAAGAAUGGACAUGGAUUGCAGUUUAUACAAGAGGUUGCUCGUCAGUUACAUGAAUUAAGGAAAGCUGUAAUUGAUUCAACUCUACAAUCUUCUGCUUCUACAUCUACUUCUACAUAGUUGUUA